AUGACGCGCCGGGUGCGGCGGCGGACGUGCAGGGAACGGGAUGGUAGGGUGGUGAGGGGCGCGUCGCGUGUUGUUUCGGCGGGGCCGGAAGGCGAGGAGGAUGCGGCGGCGGUGGAGGUGGACUGGAGGGCGCUGCCGGACGACACGGUGCUGCAGCUCUUCGCGCGGCUGAACUACCGCGACCGCGCCAGCAUGGCGUCAGCGUGCCGGGCUUGGCGAGCGCUCGGCUCGUCACCCUGCCUGUGGAGCACGCUCGACCUCCGCGCGCACCGCUACGACCGGGAGGUGGCGUCGUCGCUUGCCUCGCGGUGCGGGAGCCUGCGUCGGCUACGCCUGCGCGGCCACGAGGCGGCAGAGGCCGUCCCGGGCCUCCGCGCGCGCGGUCUCCGCGAGGUGGUGGCCGAUGGCUGCCGCGGCCUCACAGAUGCCACGCUCGCUGUCCUCGCCGCGCGGCACGAGGCCCUCCAGAGCCUCCAGAUCGGACCCGAUCCUCUCGAGCGCAUCUCCAGCGACGCCCUCCGCCACGUCGCGCUUUGUUGCUCGCAACUCCGACGCCUGCGCCUCUCGGGUCUCCGUGAAGCUGACGCGGAUGCCGUCGGAGCGCUCGCCCGCUGCUGCCCCCUCCUCGAGGACGUGGCUUUCCUCGAUUGUGGCACCGUGGAUGAGGCCGCCCUUGCUGGUAUCCACUCUCUCCGGUUCCUCUCUGUAGCAGGAUGCCAGAACCUGAAAUGGGCUACUGCAUCCACCUCCUGGACCCAGCUUCCCUCCCUUAUUGCCCUUGACGUCUCCCGCACUGAUGUUCCGCCAAGUGCUGUUUCACGCCUCAUUUCCCAUGCCAAAACCCUCAAGCUUAUAUGCACGCUGAACUGCAUUUCUGUUGAGGAGGAACAGCUUCACAAUCCUGCUGUAUUUAGUAACUCUAAGGGCAAGGUUGUGCUAACGAUCAACAGCGACUUCAAAACUUUUGAGACCAUGUUUCCAGUUGUGGAUGUGAAAGAGCACGAGGUUUUCAAUCAAUGUAACUGGAGUCACAAAGACAAGAUAGCUGGUGAUACAAUGACAUGGAUCGAGUGGAUCCUGUCACAAUCACUUCUCCGAAUUGCGGAGUCCAACCCACAAGGCAUGGAUGGUUUCUGGCUGCAGAAGGGCACCGCACUGCUGCUUAGACUAUUGAAGAGUUUGCAGGAGGAUGUGCAGGAGCGGGCAGCUACUGCGCUUGCUACGUUUGUAGUUAUGGAUGACGAGAGUGCAAAUGUGGAUCCUGCAAGGUCGGAGGCGGUGAUGCAGAACGGGGGCAUCCGAAUGUUGCUGGACCUUGCAAGGUGCUCAAGGGAGAGUGCACAAUCUGAAGCAGCAAAAGCUAUUGCCAACUUGUCAGUGAAUACCAAGGUUGCCAAGGCAGUUGCAGAUGAAGGCGGCAUUACAAUACUCACUAAUUUAGCCAAGUCGAUGAAUAGGCUUGUUGCUGAGGAGGCUGCUGGUGGCCUUUGGAAUCUCUCUGUAGGCGAGGACCACAAGGCGGCUAUUUCAGUAUCUGGUGGUAUCAAGGCCCUGGUCGAUCUAAUAUUUCGUUGGCCUGCUGGAACUGAUGGAGUUCUUGAACGUGCUGCUGGCGCGCUUGCAAACCUGGCUGCUGAUGACAAGUGUAGCUUAGAAGUUGCAAAGGCUGGUGGUGUCCAUGCUUUGGUUACACUUGCUCGAUCAUGUAAACUUGAUGGUGUCCUAGAACAGGCUGCAAGAGGUCUGGCUAACUUAGCUGCACAUGGGGACAACAAUGACAACAAUGCUGCUGUAGGUCAGGAAGCAGGGGCUCUGGAGGCACUAGUGCAACUAACAGGUUCUCAAAACGAGGGUGUAAGACAAGAAGCUGCUGGUGCUUUGUGGAAUCUAUCAUUUGAUGACAGAAACCGUGAAGCCAUUGCUGCAGUGGGUGGUGUUGAAGCUUUGGUUGCCCUAGUGCAACAAUGUUUGAAUGCUUCAGAAGGCCUUCAGGAGAGAGCUGCUGGUGCAUUAUGGGGAUUAUCUGUUUCAGAAGCUAAUAGCAUUGCAAUUGGGCAGGGUGGUGGGGUUGCACCUUUGCUCACAUUGGCACGCUCAGAGGUUGAAGAUGUUCACGAGACAGCUGCAGGGGCACUAUGGAAUCUUGCCUUUUAUUAUGGUAAUGCUCUCCGCAUAGUCGAAGAAGGUGGGGUGCCUGUUCUUGUAAAAAUUUGCUCAUCAUCAGGGUCCAAGAUGGCACGCUUCAUGUCUGCACUAGCACUAGCAUAUAUGUUUGACGGAAGAAUGGAUGAAGUUGCUUUGGUUGGAGCAUCCUCGGAUAGCAGUUCCAAGAGUGUUAAUGUUGAGGGAGCUAGAAGAAUAGCAUUUAAGCAUAUAGAAACCUUUGUGCUCACUUUCUCAGAUCCACAAAUGUUCUCUAUGGCUGCUGCCUCCUCAGCCCCGGCAGCACUGUCUCAUGUUGCUGAUGCAGUGUUUAUACACGAAGCUGGGCACCUGAGAUGCAGUCGCUCUGAGAUUGGUAGAUUUGUUGCCAUGCUUCGGAAUCCUUCACCAAUUCUUCGUGCUUGUGCUGCCUUUGCCCUUCUUCAGUUCACAAUCCCAGGAGGUCGGCAUGCGGUGCACCACGCAGGUCUCUUGCAGGAAGUAGGAGCAGGUCGAGUGUUGCGUGCAGCGGCGGCAGCGACAACAGCUUCUAUUGAAGCCAAAAUCUUUGCCAGGAUUGUCCUCAGGAACCUGGAGCACCAUCAGUCAGGGACGUCAACAUGA